GAGGAAGAUACAUAAAGAGGCACAGAGGAAUUGAUGGAAUGACAGUCUGGUGGCAGGGGACAUAUAUAUAGAGAGAGGGAGAUAGGAAAGGGAGGAAAGAGGAAGGAUGCUAGACAGACAUGACAGAGAGAGAGAGAGAGAGAGAGAGCUAGAUGGUAUGUAAAACAGGGAGCUUCAGUGACAGUGUAGACAAAGGUAGCUUCAAAGUGCAUGUGCGCCCUCUAUUUCAUUCACACACACUCUCUGUCUCUCUCUCUCUCUCACACACACUACACAUCCUCUCUCUCUCUCUCUCUCUCUCCCUUUCCUACUCACACAGACACAUGCACACACCCUUGAGCAGAAGCAGCGGAGCUGUGUGGGUGUGAGGCAGCAUGAGAAGUGCUAUCUGUACUUCCACACGUACAGCUGGCUGAUGGACUAACUUCAUUACAUCACACACAUUUACUGUAUGCACACGCACUAGCACACCUUGAUUACAGGACACAGGACAGGACAGAAACACACACACACAGACAAGUGCACACACAGCCAGUCUGCGGCCAGAAGUCAACAUGGGUCUUGUGAUGGGAACCUUUUCCAUGCAGUCAAAGCCGGUGAACUACCACAAAGACAAAGCUGACGAUGAUUUGGAGAUGACCAUGGUGUGCCAUCGACCGGAAGGCCUCGACCAGCUGGAGGCUCAAACCAACUUCAGCAAAAGAGAGCUUCAAGUGCUCUACCGGGGCUUUAAGAACGAGUGUCCGAGUGGAGUCGUGAACGAGGAAACUUUCAAGCAAAUAUACUCCCAAUUCUUCCCACACGGAGAUGCCAGCACCUACGCCCACUUUCUGUUCAACGCGUUCGACUCAGCACAUACCGGCUCCAUAAAGUUUGAGGACUUUGUGACAGCUCUGUCCAUCCUGCUGAGGGGCUCCGUCACUGAGAAGCUCCAGUGGACCUUCAACCUCUAUGAUAUCAACAGAGAUGGCUACAUCAACAAAGAGGAGAUGACAGACAUCGUCAGAGCAAUAUAUGACAUGAUGGGGAAGUACACUUACCCUGUCUUGAAAACUGACGCACCCAAACAGCACGUGGAUGCCUUUUUUCAGAAAAUGGACAAAAACAGAGAUGGUGUGGUCACUCUUGAUGAAUUCAUCCUUUCUUGUCAAGAGGAUGAGAACAUCAUGAGGUCUCUACAGCUCUUUGAAAAUGUCAUCUAGACGACAGAGAAGAAGGCGACGGUGCAACAAGCGAAAGCACAGGAAGAGAGAGAGAGAGAGAGAGAGAGAGAGAGAGAGAGAAGGGAAAACAAUAAAAAAAGAAAAGGAGGAGAAGCAGGGAUGCACAUGAAAUAGAGAAGGAACAGCAACUGGAAUCAAACAAGGAUCUUGUCAUUGUGUGUGGGACGGCUGCCGCAGAACUUCAUGGAAGCUUGCUGUAACACAUCUGGUGACAAAACCAUCACCGGUUUUGGAAAAUGUCCUCAAGACUUAAACCCUUCAUUUGACCUUUUCCCUGUCCAUUUACCAUGUCUCUGUCUCCCUCGUCUGUUCCUGUCAUUACAGUCACUCUCACCUUGGACAUUGUGUAAAUACUGAUUCUCUCACGUUCAACCAAAUACUGUUCUGAAAUAUGUAAAUUGAACCACGUUAUCGAACAGGAGUGGAAUCCCUAAAAGCAGCUUUGCGGUACGAUCAAACAAAUGCAUAUUUAGAAGCUUAAAUCUUGGCUAUUUUCAUCACGAAUUUCUGCAUCAAUACGACAUAAGUGAGCAAUAUUUUCAAGCGUGCAAGAUGGAGGUCUGUGGCACAUUUAAUGUAUAUGCGGCAUAAAAAAAAGUACUCUUGCUGAGUAAAUAAAUGUGUGAAGCCAGCUGAAUCUGACCUCUGCCAGUUUGCGGCCGUCUCAUGUCACUUAACAGCUGCAUCAAAAGCCCUGUUACUCCCACUGUGUAUGUGUGUGUGUGUGUUCCAGUGGUGUCGGUCAGUCUUUUAAUGUUGUAAUGCUCAACUGUAGAUAUUUAACUGUUGUAGCUGUAGCUUCUUCUCGCCGUACGGAGGCGUUCGUGUCUCGUCUGCGUGUUUCUGAUUCUGACUAUCUGUCUAUCUUUCCGUCAAAUUGGAUCUAACUGUAAUUAUUCUACCUUAAAUUAAGAGUCCAUUUGAAGGCUUGCUGGCACACAGAUGCGGAGUGAGGGGACGUGCAUGUGUUUGUCUGUGUGCGGUGUCCUGAUGUAAAGUUUCUGUUUGCCUGAAUUAAGAAUUGCUGUCAUUUCUCUAGCAUGUAGCUUCAUCUCGAAGACAUCAGUCCGGCUCAACUGAAAAUGAGAGUUUCGUCGUCAGUUCUGUCUGUUCAAAAAUAACCGACUCAGAGUGGCCAACCCUUUCACUGUGAGGGAGAGACAGAAGAGGAGAGCUGGAGGGAGGGAUAGUGGAGAAAGAACAGAGGGAGACAAAGAUGAUAGAAUAAGACAGAAGAGAGACCUUUUCACUGACUCUGAAGGAAUGGAAGCCAUGUUUCAAACAAGAGCCAUCGUUUUGAAGAUUGAGCAGGACAAAAAAAAAAAAAAAAAAAAAAAUGAAAACAACAAACAGAUUUAUAAAUGAUGUACUGUCAUGCCCACUCACUGUGCUAGCAAUAGUGUAAUAAAAAUCCUCGCUGAGAUGUGCUGCAGCUCGUCUCCAAUGUACCCAGACAUACUUCCAGAU